AUGAAAAUGUCUACAGCUACAGACGAAAACUAUUGCCAUGAGUGCGUGAAUAGCGAGGUAAAUAGGAAUGACAGUUCCACAAUGAUAAAUGAUAAGGACAUACCCAAUACUGCUGCGAAUAAUGACACUCUUAUAUCAUUUGGUGAUUAUAUAAAUAAAGCACUACCACUUCAUUUGCAAAAACUACUUCAGGAACAUUACGAGAAUUUUGAUCCGGCUCCCCAUUUUCUCUCUGAGUCAUCAAAGGAUGAUAUAGAAAAUCAUUCUUCAUUCAUACUAAAUGAUAUUCCAAUGUUACAAACAACUUUAGUGCAAUAUUUACAAAGGCAACAAGAUCAAGGAAUCGCUGCCUCUAUAAGCAAUUCUCAAUCUUUCUCAUCAUGGUCGUUUGCACAGGGACUCAUUGUAGGACAAAUAUCCGUCGUUGUGGCACUAGUGUUCUUCAUCAAAUUUUUUAUCUUCGGUGAUUCUUUUAAACAAAAUAACCCCAAGAAUCCUUCCACUUCGACAUCUUCAUCACGUCAGUUUAUUUCAUCCCAGUUUUUUUCCUCCAUUAUGAAAAGAGGAGGUAAGGACCAGCUGGAUUUGGCAGAUGAUAUUGAGGGGGAAAGAUCACGUCAAAUCGAUACCAUUUUGGAGAAGACAUAUUAUAAUGUAGACACACAUCCGUCGGAAUCGUUAGACUGGUUCAAUGUCUUGAUUGCACAAACAAUACAGCAAUUUAGGGAGGAAGCUUGGCAAAAGGAUAACAUAAUGCACUCUUUGAAUAGUUUCAUUGAGAGAAAGGCACCAGAGCUACCGAGUUAUCUGGAUGAUAUUAAGAUUACCGAAUUGGAUAUAGGAGAUGACUUCCCAAUCUUCUCGAAUUGUCGUAUUCAAUAUACACCCAAUUCCAAUAAAAAAAAGCUUGAAGCCAAGAUUGAUAUAGAUUUAAAUGACAGAUUGGCUGUUGGCGUAGAAACGAAACUACUCCUUAAUUAUCCGAAACCGAGCAUUGCAUCGUUGCCAAUUAAUCUAACUGUAGCUAUAAUCAGAUUUCAGGCUUGCUUAACUGUUUCUUUGACCAAAGCAGAAGAGUUUGUAUCAAUAGCUUCAUCGGAUGAUGACAGUGAUACAGGAUAUUUUUUGAUUUUCUCUUUUGCUCCUGAAUAUAGGAUGGAGUUUGAAACGGAUUCUCUAAUCGGUGCUAGGUCGAAAUUAGAAAACAUUCCGAAGAUUGGUAGAGUGAUUGAGUACCAGAUCAAAAAAUGGUUUGUGGAAAGAUGCGUCGAGCCGAGAUUUCAAUUCGUUAAACUUCCUAGUAUGUGGCCCAGGAGCAGAAAUACACGAAAAGCAGAAUUUGAUGACACAGAAUCUCCAAAGGACAAUUAA